GUUAUGUCAAUUCCCAUCCAAUAAAAAAAACACUUAGCGUUUAUUUAUUAUUGUUUCGGUUAAAAUAAUUAGUGUAAAUUACAUAAAUAAUGACGGCGGUGUCGACAAGACGAGUUCGUACAUCAUCAUCGAACUUCUAUAAACGAUGUUAAAUAAUCAAAUGACUAUUUAAUUCAACAAAAACCGCGAUGUUAUUAGAUUUUGAACUGUGAAUCAACAACAAACAUUUGAAAUGUUACCCGUAGUUAUGUAUAACAUGGAAGGAAGUUCAAAUACAAUUCCAAAUUCGAAUUUUGGUUCGGUUUUCGAUGAUAACGUUAUUUUAAACUGUGUUAGGAGUAGGAAAAAAGUCACGGAACUUCCGAAUUGUCCUGUAUGCAGCUGUACUAUCAGACAGGGUGAAUUAGAUACUCAUUUAUGUCUGGAAGUGGAGAGGCUAAAUAAACUUUCUAAUGGUGGUUCUAAACGUAAGUUAAGUGCUAAUAGCCCCGGCAGUUCUAACCCAAUGCCUGGAUCUAGUUCUAGUGUUGAUAAUCAGAGUGAUGUUGAUGUGAGCGGGUGCCUCGGCAGCGAUGUUUAUCAGCGGGUUCACACAAACCGACUCAAAAGACUACGGGCCCGUCGACGAAGUCCCCCCCCACAGCAGGGGGAAUGCCCCGUGUGUAAUGCAACCCUACCCGUCUCUAGACUACAGAGGCAUGCUCUACGGUGUCUGAAACGUACAGGAGCGGAGAUGGACGAAGAUAUACCAGAUACGAGCUCGGAAGAUGGAAGCAUUGACGUUGAGAACGAUGAGCCGUCGGGCUUCGGUGCGGAGUACCAGUGGUGCGGCGAGUGGCGCGUGCGUGCGGCGGCGCUGCAGGGCUCCGAGGCGCGACCCGCCACCUGCGUGCGACGGGCCUCCACUGACCGCGCUCUGGUCGUAGACGGCGAUGAAGACACGGAACUGUACGGGCCAGCCCAGUAUUCGCCAUCACGCAUUGCACCAGAUGCGGAUAUUCCCGUUGAAGAUGAGGAGACGGAACAAAACGUGGAUGACGUAAUGGAGGAGGCGACCUUGAAACCGAACGGCAUCGUGGAAGCAAGUGCAGAGACAAGGAUACAAGCUUUGAAAGAAAAGAUAAAAGAUUUGGAAAAAAAGCAGAAUUCAUCCUUAGAAGCGAAGUGUCUUAUCUGCCUCGGACCGUAUAUAUCCCCGGCUGUUUCGAUCCAAUGCUGGCACGUGUACUGCGAGGUCUGUUGGCUCCAAUCGCUGCGUGCCAAGAAAAUCUGUCCUCAAUGCAACGCAAUCACGACAGCCGAUCACCUCAGAAGAAUUUAUAUGUGAAAUGUUAUCGAAUGAUAUUAGCUCAAUUAUAUUAUAAUAAUAAUAUUAAGAAUAUAUUUUUGUCAGCCCCGUAGAUUAUAUGUGUAAUAAAAUAAACGUUAAAUAUGGUCGCUUUCAAUGGCAGGAGGACGAUAUAUUGACAACCUCGACCUUUAUUUAUUGACAUCGGUGGAGCUGUAAAUAAUCUGUGGGCUUUGAAAAUGGCGUUUUGAAUGUCGACGAUGUUAUUUGAAGCUUAAGAGUUAAAUUAAAGUAAUUACUUGUGGAACAGUGUUGUAUUAUAAAGGUAGAGGCCAUUUUAUUACGUAAACGAUUUUUAUAGUUGUUGACUGUCUACCCCCUAAAUAGGAAAAAAUAAGAAUAGCCCAAUUCCUUCCCCCUGUUUAAUAUUUAUUACGUGAGAAUCUAAAGGAAAAAUGAUUAUAAGCUUAUUUUGUGUUAUACAACGACAAUCGUACAUGAUUAGAACACAACAAAACACAUAAAUAAAAGAAGUUCAUACACUUUAAUGUUUAAUCAAACAAAUGACGUCACGUUUACAAAUGGCGAGUUCCUGGGAUGUGCAGUGCGGGCAGCGCGUCCGAGCGCACCUCGCGGUUGUCCGCGCUUUUACAAUAACUUUGCGUAUAUUUGUGAUUUAUCCACCUUUGAUGAAGAUGAAUGGCCCCUAAAUUAACAAAUCACAUUUAAAAUGUAAAUAUACGGUUUAAAUCUACCCCUCUUGCCAUUGGAAUGCACUAUAGGUUAAGUUCGUUUCGUGUCGUCGUCGACGGUGUCAGUAAGCGGUGUGUCGGUUCAAAAUAAUUGUUUCAAAGAAUAUGCCUUGGAUGAAGUUUAUACAAUAAUAAUAAAAGUUAGGUUAGUCUUAGUUUAUUUACUGUGUAAAUAAAUUGUAUUUUUUCUAUGUAA